UGAGGUGGAUCGAUGCAAAGUAGGUACAAAAAUUCACCGGUCCGGCUCAUAACCAAUCGAGUCGCGCACCAGGAAGGAAGUUUGUUUUGGGUGGUUUGUGUAAGCUUUUUUCGUUUCAACACAACGACCUUGUCCGCACACAACACUGAACACCAUGAGACUUCAAUGGACGGUUACGGCGGUGCUGCUAGUCAUGGUGUACGCAUGCACGGUUUCGGGACCGGUUGAAGGGGCAAAGAUUUUGGCCAUCUUUCCAACGUCCUCCCGGUCACACUACAUUGUCGGAUCGGCGCUAACGAAAGAGCUGGCUAGACGAGGCCACGAGGUGUUCGUUAUCAAUCCAUUCCCGCAGAAGAAACCAUUGAAAAAUUACCACGACAUAGAUGUGACCGGUUCGGCAGACAUUGUCAAGGAUCUGGUGCCGAACUUGCUCGCGAUGGCCGACCAAAGCAUAUGGGAAAGCAUCACUUUGACGUACAAAUUCGGACAGAUACUUACGAACUACACGUUGCAGCAUCCGAACGUGAAGAAGCUGAUCGCGUCGAACGAAAAGUUCGAUCUUAUCAUUAUGGAGAGCUUUCUUAACGAUGCGCACCUAGGGUUUGCUCAUCACUUUAAAGCACCUUGCCUCGUGAUGUCCACCUUUGGAGCGUCCCGUUGGACAAACGAUAUGGUCGGAACACCAUCACCGAUAUCGUACGUGCCGCAUCCGUUCCUGAGCUUUACCGAUCGGAUGUCGUUUGUGCAGCGUAUCGGUAACAUGCUGAUGGCCAUCAUGGAUACCAUUCUCGGCCACACGUUAGACUUCCCGGUGCAGAGUGCAAUGUACGAAGCGUCCUUCCCCGAUCCGAAGCCACCGCUGGAGGAGUUGCGCCGGCAUGCCGUGUCGUUGGUGCUGCUGAACAAUCACUUCAGCCUCAGCUAUCCGCGCCCGUACGUACCGAACAUGAUCGAGGUCGGCGGAAUGCACGUCAAUCGGAAACCGAACCCGCUGCCGGAAGACAUCCAGCAGGUGCUCGACAAUGCACCGCACGGUGUGAUUUACUUCUCGAUGGGUUCGAACAUCCAGAGCAGCCAGCUGCCGGUGGAGAAGCGUGAAGCGAUUUUGCGUGCCUUUGCCAAGCUGAAGCAAACCGUGCUCUGGAAGUGGGAGGACGAAACGCUCCCGAACCGGCCGGACAAUGUGAUCGUGAAAGCGUGGUGGCCACAGGACGAUGUGCUGGCCCACCCGAACGUGCGGCUCUUUAUCACGCACGGCGGGCUGCUCAGUACGACCGAGUCCAUGUACCAUGGUGUGCCGGUGAUUGGCAUACCGGUGUUUGGCGAUCAGUACCUAAACAUGGCCAAAGCCGAACGUACCGGGUACGGGUUGCUGUUACCGUACCAGGAAAUAUCCGAAGAGCGGUUGUCGCGCGCGAUCAAUCAAAUAUUGGGCGAUGCGAGGUACAAAACUGUGGCCCAAAGCAUUUCCGCCCGUUACCGCGAUCAACCGGUGGAACCACUCGAGUUGGCCGCGUUCUGGGUGGAGUACGUCAUCCGGCACCGUGGAGCGGAGCACUUGAAGUCGGCCGGGCAGGAGUUGGGCUUCCUGCAGUACCACGGGAUCGAUGUGAUCGCCACCAUAAUAGGUGUUCCGGUGCUAUUUUUCUACCUACUGUUUAAGCUGCUGUGUGGUGGACAGCGAUCGAAGAACACUUCAGCAUCGGUGAGCACGAAAAAGAAGCGCAACUGAGCCGUACACUGUGAUCAAUCGGCACUAUGUGACCAGUAUUCCUUACAAAGAAGCUUAAUUAAAUAAACGCUAAAGUACUAGAAUGAAUGGAA